ACACACACCAGCACACCGUCGAAAACACGCACAGAUAAAAGAAAAAUCUUAAAAUUCUAUUAUUUCUCCCCAAAUUGUAAUUAGGUUUUGAAUAUUGAUAUAAUUAAGCUCAAAAAUUACGCAAUUGCGGCUUGAUAAUGUCAAGCGCUCAGAUGAUUAGUAGUAGUAGUAACGGCAAUUGCAGUGUUGAUAAUUGUAACGGCGACGUCAGUUGGCCGGAGCCGCCGAAGCUGACGCCGUCGGCUUCGCUUAAGACGAAGAAGAAACCGACUCCGGCGCCGAGCAUUUCCAGAGCCGGCGGGGAAGUUGACGAGCUGGUUACUCUUCUUCACGGCUCUGAUCCCCUCCGCGUCGAGCUCAGUCGCCUGGAAAAUGAAGUCCGAGACAAAGAGAGGAAUCUGGGAGAUGCGUAUGCAGAAAUCAAGGCCUUGAAGUACUCAGAGCGCCUAAAAGAGAAGGCAGUUGAGGAGCUUUCGGAUGAGUUAAAGAAAAUUGACGACAAAUUGAAAGCAACUGAAGCACUUUUGGAAAGCAAGAAUUUAGAGGUUAGGAAAAUAAAUGAAGAAAAGAAAACAGCUCUGGCAGCACAAUUUGCUGCAGAAGCUACUCUUCGAAGAGUUCAUGCAGGUCAAAAAGAUGAUGAAAUGCCUCCUAUUGAAGCCAUUAUCACUCCUUUAGAGGCAGAAUUGAAGUUGGCCAGGCUGGAGGUAGCUAAGCUACAAGAUGACAAUAGAGCCCUGGAUCGACUUACUAAGUCCAAAGAGGCUGCUCUGUUGGAGGCUGAGCGAACUGUCCAAAUGGCAUUGGCGAAAGCCUCCUUGGUUGAUGAUCUGCAGAACAAAAACCAAGAUUUGAUGAAACAGAUAGAGAUAUGCCAGGAGGAGAAUAGAAUAUUGGACAAGAUGCACAGGCAGAAAGUUUCUGAGGUUGAAAAGUUAAUGCAAACUGUACAUGAACUUGAGGAGGCUGUUUUGGCUGGAGGUGCUGCGGCCAAUGCAGUACGUGAUUACCAGCGAAAGAUGCAAGAAUUGAACGAAGAAAAAAGAAUUCUGGACCGUGAACUUGCUCGUGCAAAGAUUUCAGCGAAUCGGGUUGCUGUUGUUGUUGCUAAUGAGUGGAAAGAUUCCAAUGACAAAGUAAUGCCUGUAAAGCAAUGGCUGGAAGAAAGAAGACUUCUUCAGGGAGAAAUGCAACAGCUUAAAGACAAAGUGGCAAUUGCAGAGCGAACUGCAAAGGCAGAAGCACAAUUAAAAGAGAAGUAUCACUUACGAUUUAAAGUUUUGGAAGAAAGGCUAAAAGCUUCUUCAACUUGUACCACCCGCUCUACUCCACAAGGAGGAAGUGUGUGUAAUGGUCUUUCACGGCGCCAAUCUUUUGGAGGAGGAGAAAGUUUGUCCAAACCUCCAUCAAAUGGGAUUUCAUUGAAAAAGACAAAGUUUCAGUCUAGGUCAUUUCGAACAAAUAGUUCUUCAGCAUUAUUGGAGCAGUCAAAAUUCUCAUCAACGUUAUUUGGUAGUGGUAGCAGAUCACUGGAUGGAGAAAACACUCUAACAUAUGAAAAUGACAUAGAUAACAGAUUCACUAAUUCCUGUGAUCAUAGGCAUAGUAAUGAAAUAGCAAGAAUACAUGAGAAUGGUUAUGCGAAUGAGAUUGGUAACUUGAAUGCAGCUGAUAAAGCCGAAGGGGAGAAUGAAGAUUAUGUAUCUGGUAUGUUGUAUGAUAUGCUGCAGAAGGAGGUUAUAACUUUGAGGAAAGUUUGCCAAGAGAAAGAUCAGAGCCUGAAGGACAAAGAUGACUCAAUCGAGAUGUUGGCAAAAAAGGUAGAAACACUGAAUAAAGCUAUGGAAGUUGAGUCCAAAAAGAUGCGUAGAGAAGUAGCUGCUAUGGGGAAAGAACUUGCAGCUACUCGUAUUGGCAAGGAACAAGAUCAAAGAUUGAGACGUGUAAGUUCUACAAGGGGAGCUGUAAAUGGAACUCAUCAACCUGCAAUAAGGAAUGCUUAGCACUGAUAUAUUUGGACAUUCAUGACCAUGCCAUGCAGCAAUGUCGAAGGGUGUCUAUUAGAUAGAUUUAUGUGCAUUAACUAAGACAUUGUCUGGCCAUGUCUCAAGUUUGUAUAGGACAAUUCGAGUACAUGGAGAUUAUCCUAUCCUCAUGGUGUAUAUUUUGUAUUAAUAUAAAUGUUAAAUUUUACACAAUAUUUAUGUUUGUUAACCUAAAUGAUACUAGGAACUAUUUCUUA